AGGUUGAAGUAAGCCCUGUACAAACACAUUUAAAAAGAACAUUUAAAAAGAACACCAUUACAGCCACAGAAAAUCAGCUUUGUUAUUGUGAGCAGUCCAUUUCCCAGUCCUCCAAACACAGAAGUGGAAGAACAAAGAGACAAAGACAGAAGUGUGCACUCAGUCAACCUUUUUUUCUUCUCCAAGUCAAGGAAAAAGAUAAUUACAAGAUGAGCCCAAGCGUCUCAAGUUUACAAAGGUUUCCAUGAGAAAAGAACAAGAGACUCUUUGUAGGUUGCUUCUCAUCUUUGAAAACUGGCCGCUGUCAAUGACACUGCCAUGGCCUGGUUAAAAGCCUUGACAAAGAUAAUAUUUGAACUAAAGAUUUUGGACAGUUUUCCAAUUUUGAAGUAGUUUGUCAUGGUUUACCAGUGUGAAUCCUGUUGGCUCUCAAUCCUUCUUUAAUAUUAAUUUGCCCUCGAAGUCAAACAGCAACUAUUGACACUUUGAAAUCUUGAACCUACAAAAGUUCUUUGGCAGUUCCAGCUCUGUAGCAAAUGCAUACAAAGCAGAAAAAUUAUAGAAGAGUCCUUACUUGAUUGUAAAUGAAGUCUGUCAACACCUCACCAAGAUAGAAUUGUCUACACCCUUCUCCCUUUUCUAAGGUCAUGGAUCCUGAGCAAGGCCAGAAGAGCACAAAGAAGGGUGAAGAAGGUCCAAGGAAGAGGCUUGUGAAGGGAGAGGUUUUCCAAGGCAGCAUUUCACCUGUGGCUAGAUAUCUGAGCAGCUCCACUCCUUUGCAGGGCUCCCCCAUUCAAGACAUUGCAUCUCAGCAGCAUUUUUCAAAGGAGGAAGCCCUGGAAAAAACAGGACAAACACAACCCAAACAUUCCUCUUUUGAACCCCUGACACAUAUGGCUCAGCUUCAGCAGCACUCUCUGUCGUCAGCAUAUUUGCCUCUGCAGAAACAGGAACAUGCCCUUGAAGGGUCUACAUGGCAGGUAGUUGAUCCAGCAAGAGUGGUGCCUUCCAGUUCAUUCCCGCCCUCUGGACCUCAUUCCAGUCACAGCCAGAUCUUACCGUCCCGGACCUCUGUCAUUCCUGAAGAGGACAUGCCCUCUGUUCAAAAAGUCUAUGUUUCUCGCAACUCACAGGCUUCAUUAAAGCCAUCUGAAGAAAGCCACAAGAAAGAAAAGAAACCUCAGAAACCAGGCAAAUACAUUUGCCAGUACUGUAGCCGGCCUUGUGCCAAACCAAGCGUCCUCCAGAAACAUAUCCGAUCACACACGGGAGAGAGACCCUACCCAUGUAUCCCAUGUGGCUUUUCUUUUAAAACGAAGAGCAAUUUGUAUAAACACCGAAAGUCUCAUGCUCACCGAAUCAAAGCGGGGCUUUCUUCAGGGACUGGAACAGAGCUGUAUCCUUCCAGCUUAGAAAUGGAAAAAGUGGCUGGAGAUGAAUUUGAAGAGCCUACUGAAGGAGAAAGCACAGAUUCUGAGGAGGAAACCAGGACUACACUGGGCCGUUCAGUAGAACUGUCACCUAGACAAAAGCAGACUAUAUUGUAUGGGUCAGGAAGCCAAGGCUCUAGUCAAGAGAGCUGUUCAUUUUCCCAUUCUAGCAUGUCUCUUGAUGACAGUGGCCAGUUUGUAGAGCCAGCUUUGGAGCAAGCCCAGAGUCAUAAAUCAGAGGAAACACAUACCAUCAAACAAAAGCUCGCUCUCCGAUUAAGUGAAAGAAAGAAGGUGAUUGAGGAACAGUCUUUCCUUAGCCCUGGUAGUAAAGGAAGCACAGAAUCAGGCUAUUUCUCAAGAUCAGAGAGUGCUGAACAGCAAAUCAGCCCACCAAACACCAAUGCAAAAUCUUAUGCAGAAAUUAUUUUUGGCAAAUGUGGGAGGAUUGGCCAACGGACUGCCAUGUUAGCUGCAGCCACCACCCAGGAAUUUCCACAGGUAUCAGCUGAAGAAAAACCUAGCACCGUUCCUUUGUCUGUGCCUAGAACGCAGGUUAUUGAACAUAUCACCAAGCUGAUUACAAUUAAUGAAGCUGUUGUUGAUACCAGUGAAAUUGAUAGUGUUAAGCCUAGGAGAAGUUCUCUGUCUAGACGAAGCAGUAUUGAAUCUCCAAAGUCAGGUGCGUACAGAGAACCCUUUCAGUUAGAAAUGAAAUCUGCUUCUGGUAGCCAAAUUGAAUCAUCAAAGUUGUUGACCUCCCAUAUUGAAAAACUAAAGCCUGAACAAUCACUGCUAUCACUCCAGCAAUCCCACAGUGCCACAGAAACAGUGCCUCUCCUUAGAAGCCAUUCUAUGCCUUCAGCUGCGAGCACUAUGAGUUCUCCUCAUACCUUUAGAGGUAGUUAUUCUUUUGAUGAUCACAUCACAGAAUCUGAGGUCAUGAGUCGUAGUCAGGUGUCUUCCCACCCACGAAUGCUGAAACGGCAGCCUGCCAUCGAACUACCGUUGGGGAUGGAGUACAGUUCAGAAGAAGUUAGCACAGCCAGCAAAAAGGGUGUUCCAAAACCUAUGGAGGAAGAAGAAACCAAGGAGAGCGAGCUUACCAAAAAGUCAAGGAAGGGCACAAAAACAAAAGCGUUCAUGUAUGAAUGUACCAAUUGUGGUGCUCGAUACAAGAAAAGGGAUAAUUAUGAAGCUCACAAAAAGUAUUAUUGUUCAGAACUUCAGAUCUCUAAGCCUCAUUCUUCCAGUUCUCAUACUUCAUCAGAAUCUGAGAGAGGUUUCAUGGAAACUGAUCCUUGGCCACAGAUGAUGCAUUAUAAAUUAGGAAGUAGUUUAGAACUUACACCAUUGCGGAAAAGGCGUAAGGAAAAGAGCCUUGGUGAUGAGGAAGACCCCACGACUUUUGAAUUGACUGAAAUUUCUUCCUCUGGCACUGGGACAGUCACUCACUUUACUGGUUUGAAAUCCACAGAUGUGGCCUUCAAUCUGACUCCUGGAUCCAUUAAGCCACAAACAGAUCCCAGUCAAUCUGCGCACCUUUCUGAUAUUAGUGGAAGUUUUCACCCUAGGACUGCAAAACCAUCUUUCAUUACAGAAAGCAAGGAAAGGAGAACAAUCUCAAAAGAGAUCUCUGUCAUCCAACACACAAGUUCAUUUGAAAAAUCUGACUCCAUAGAACAGUUGAGUGGAUUAGAAGGAGAAGAAAAGUUGCUUUUGCUACAUGUAUGUCAACCAUCAGCCCAGCAUGGCCGACUAUCUCAUUCCCUACAACCUAAACUUGUACGUCAGCCUAACAUCCAAGUCCCUGAGAUACUUGUAACUGAAGAGCCUGACAGGCCAGAAAUGGAGCCUGAACCUCCCCCAAAAGAGCCAGAAAAAACAGAGGAAUUUCAGUGGCCACAGAGAAGCCAGUCUCUCUCUCAGCUCCCUGCUGAAAAACUGCCACCCAAAAAGAAGAGACUGCGGUUAGCUGAAAUGGCUCAGUCUUCAGGAGAGUCCAGUUUUGAGUCAAUCAGAAGCCCAAGUCAGGAAAGCAGCAUCUCCCACGCUUCCAGCUAUUCAACCUCAUUUGAGCGAGAGGACGUUGUUUCCCAAGCCUAUGAAUCCCACACAAAGCCUCCUAUUGGUUCCCAUAUGUUAACAGUACCAAGCCACCACCAGCAUCCUCACCAUUCCCGAGAAAUGCGGAGAUCUGCCUCCGAGCAGACACCCAAUGUCUCUCACUCCUCUGCUAUGUCAGAGACUCGCAGCAAAUCAUUUGACUAUGGGAGCUUAUCAUCCUCAGCUUCUUCCAAAUCCCAUCCUCCAACAACAACAACACCCCAGGAGAGGAGAAAGUGUUUUCUCGUUCGACAGGCAUCACUCACUCAGCACUCAGAAUAUGAUCAAGACUCAGCCCCCAAAGGAGGGACAGAGACUGAAGAAUUGUUACAGUCCUCAGGCAAAUCUCCUCCUUCAAGCUUGCCCCACCAGCAACCACCUUCAUCCUCUUCCUCUUUUUCUCAUAGAGACUAUCCCUCUGAUAAGGGUCAACCAAAAGACUGUCCUGAACCCAUGUAUCCCCAUAAAUAUAUUGAAACUUUGCAGGUAUUCCAUCACCCUUCACCAAAUAUAUUUCAUGAAAAGCAGUACAUGACUCCAGAGAUCUCCCUCUUGCCUUUUCAGCACCUUUUGCCACAAUCAGAAGAGUCAGUAGAGUUGUUCUCCACUCCGGAUGUGAGGGACAUCUUCUCUGCUCAGUAUUCCAUACCACAGAUAUCUCACUCCUUUUUUCAGAGUGCAGCUCUGCAUGAAGCUUUGAUGUACCCAAGACAACUUCACAUUGCUCCUCCAUUUAUGUCACACCCAGCUGAUGUGGCAUUCAGACAGAGUCCAUCCCUUGUCCCGGUACAUUAUCCUAGCUCUCCCCCACUCCCCUCUGCAUUCUUUCUGCCCCUUCAGCCACAGCUUGCUCUCCAGUUACACAGUGACAUUGGUGCCCAUUUGCCCCAACUCAAAUCCAGGCUCUCCCCACCCACAGGAAGCCCAACCUUUUCCCCAGUCACAAAUCACAACUCAGAUAGCCAGUUACAUAUUUUCACUCACCCAAGCAGUCCAUCUGCAUCCAUCUCCAUCUCUCAGUUGGUGGUGCCUGCAUGUUCAGAGCCUGUGGUGUCCCUUGUUGUCCCAGUUCGCAUUCAGACUAACAUGCCAUCUUAUGGGAGUGCAAUGUACACCACUCUUUCUCAGAUCCUAGUCACUCAAUCUCACUGCAGCGCCUCUUCUAUCAUCAUGCCAAAAUUUGAUGAUUAUCAGAUGAAAGGUACCUUGGUCUGUACUGCUAAUAUUCAUGGAAUUGGUCUUGAUUUGGCACAGAUGAUUACCAAAGAAACAAAGUCUUUAUUCCAAUCUCCAUAUCUGAGACUUCCAUUAUCACUGUCAGAAAAGAAAAGUUGCAUUCCCUUUGGGUCUACAUCUGAAAGUGUCUUGGGUCUUGAAGGAAGUCCACUGACUGUUGGAGGAAGCAAGCGGAUGCUAUCUCCAGCUGGGAGUUUGGAGCUCACUAUGGAAACUCAGCAGCAGAAAAGGGUGAAGGAAGAAGAAUUUUCCAAAACAGAGAAACUGGAAAUAAUAACAGCAUCCAAUGAAGAAGAGGAAGGGAAGAAGCACAAUGAAAGGAUAGCUAAGGCAGAAAUUGCCCCCAAUGAAUCUCCUGACUCUCUGGAAUCACAGGAAAGUCAGGAUAAUCUACAGCUGAUAUUACCGCAUUCUGAGACCUUGAGCUUUGAAGCACAAGGAGAACACAAACAGUUGGCUGGCAGGCAGCUCCAAAGCCAGGAUUCUCCACAGAUGGUGAAGAAGGACAACUCCAAAGAAACAUUGGAACUACCCACAGGAAACUGUCCAAGCUCAACACUUUCCUCUGAGUCUGCUCAAAGUACAAAGACGUCUUGCACUAGUGCAGAUAUUACGAAGGUACUUCCAUUCCCCAGUCUCCAUACAACAACUAAUGUCAGUUGGUGCUAUUUAAAUUACAUAAAACCAAAUCACAUCCAGCAAGUUGACAGCAGGUCCUCAGUGUAUGCCAGCUGGUGCACUAGUUUGUACAAUCCCAACAUCCCUGGUAUAUCCACUAAAGCAGCCCUCUCACUUUUGUGCGCCAAGCAAAAGGUGAGCAAAGAAACCUACACCAUGGCAACUGUUCCACGUCCAGAGACAGGGAGGCUGGUGCCUUCAAGCUCCAGGAAUCCCAAAAUGUCUGAGGUUCACCUGCCUUCACUCCUUGUCCACGAAGGUAAAAAAGAUGUAAAGAAAAUGGAUAAGGAAGAGGAGAAAAGAAGGAAAGCGGAAGAUGACAUUCCUGUAUCCAAACGAGGGGAACCAGCCAGGAUCAAGAUCUUUGAAGGAGGGUACAAAUCAAACGAAGAGUAUGUGUAUGUGCGAGGCCGUGGACGUGGGAAGUAUGUAUGUGAGGAGUGUGGAAUUCGCUGCAAGAAACCCAGCAUGCUGAAGAAACACAUUCGCACGCACACAGACGUCAGGCCAUAUGUCUGCAAGUACUGUAACUUUGCUUUUAAAACCAAAGGGAAUCUGACUAAACACAUGAAGUCGAAAGCCCACAGCAAAAAAUGUCAGGAACUGGGUAUGUUGGUUUCUUCACUGGUGGAGCCAGAAACAGAAGAAGGAACAAGUGAAGAUCUCUUCAAAGAUUCAGAAGGGCAGGAAGGACCUGAGCUACUUGAAGAACACCAGUUUUCAGACUUGGAAGAGUCUGAUGAUGAGGAUGAUGACAAUGAGGAGGAAGAGGAGGAAGAAGAAGAAGAGGAAGAGGAAGAGGAGGAGAGCCAAGAGAAGUCAUGUGUAAAGCCUUCAGAAAUGAAGAACACUUCCAUCCCAGAGCAUUCUCUAAGAGGUGAUCAAGAAAAAGAUACCAAGACAGUCUUGUCUACAAUGGAAGAUGUUGUCUCCAGCAGUGACAGUGCUGUCCAAAAUCAGCAGACUGCAAUCUUGGGACCAGAAAUAAAAUGGUCAGCUGACAGCAGUGAAGUUGCUGUCUGCCACAGCAUCUUGAGACUUCAUCGCCCAGUUUUGACUUCCAGUGUGUUCUUAGCUUCUGCUGAGAAAGGAUCGAUUGCAAAGCCUCAGAUGCUCUUAGCAGUUGAUUUCUCCAUCUCCAAAGACACUUGUUCUAGAAGAAAGUCCAGCUCUUGUAGUCUGGGCAAUAACCAAUCAAUAUUGACUAAAAAGCAUCCAUUAACCAAAAGUGAAACUUCGCCUAAAAGGUUUUCACCUUCAGGAGAAGCAUCUUCACUGAAAAGCCCCUCUGCAAGGUUGGGGAUCUCCUAUUCUCAUUGGAUGUCUCCAGAGAGAGAAGCAGUUCCACUACGUAGUCUGUCCCCAAGCAGAUACAUUUCUCUAAGACAAGAGCUAUCAUCACGGAUUUACCUUCCUCCAGAGCGAAGUGUGAGGCGUGUUUCUCCACUCAGAGAUGCAGCAACAGCGAAAUAUUUAUCCAUGAAGAAGAUGUUCUCCCAAAGCUAUUCAGAGCCACCUUCACGAUAUCCAUCCCCAGGGAGAGAGGAUUUGCUCUCUCGUAGCCAGUCUGAUGCAGAUGAACAAGUUCAAAGCUUAUGUAAAUCUCAGCCAGGAAUAUCACCUUUGAUGCCUCUACCUCACUGGUCCCUUGGCAAAAGCAUGGAGCUGUAUGAAGAACCUAAAAUGAAAACAGAACUAAGGAGCCCAACAAAUUCUCCAGUUAUCAUUCAGCAUCUUGGUGUAAGGCCUUUGCAGUCCUCCCAUGAAGUACGCAUCCAUACUCCAAGUCAUGUGGAAGAGCAUAUCUUUAGUCAUCUUCCUUUGCACUCUCAGCAGCUGCCCCGGAGCCCCUGCCCUAUGAUUCCAAUUGGAGGCAUCCAGAUGGUCCAGGCAAGACCCAUUGGCCAUCCCAGCUUGGGAUCUGGAUCAGUGAUGUCACUGCAAACCAGCUCCCUUGACAACUACUCUGAAUACAACCAAACAAAAGAAAAGGACAGAAAAACUCCUUCUUCAUCAGCAACCCCAACAUUUCAAAGCAGCAGCUAUUUGGAAGAGAAAGUAAGGACUGGUGAGCUUCAACAAAAGAUGGCUAUGGAUGAAUACAGGGUAAGUACAUCUGCUGAAUCUGGCAGCUCAGAGCAGGAAAGUUGUACAACCAUCAGAGGUGGUUCCUGCCCACAGGAUGAAUCUUCUCCAAAGCCUUUGGCUGUUGGUAAAGAUAUCUCUGGCAAGAAGGGGAAGAAACAGCCCAGCAGCUCACAUAUCUCUGUGGAACCCAUCUGCACUUUUAUAUCCAGCUUCUCCACGCAGCCCCUGGACAGGAGCAGCAGCACUGGCUGCUUGCUGGAGCCUCCAUUGACCCACUCAUCCUCCCAGCUGUCCAUCAGGAGAAGGAGCCUCUCAGGAGAGGCAGCAUCCCCAGGGGGGGCACGCAGGAAGAGAAGCCCACCCUUCAGACAAGCAAGCCUUGGCCUGACCCCAAGGCAAAUGGGGAACAAGACAGGAAGUACUUGAUUGCUCUCAUCUUUUCUUACCGGCUUCCCAAGUUAACCAAUAGACUUUUGUCACUGAUACUGGUUUUAGAAUAAUCGUUGGUAAAGGAAAACUCUAGCAUCCAACCAAACCUACAGAGCCUGUUGCUGUUUUCCUUCCUUCCCUCCAUUCUUUUUUUUUUUCUUUCAGUCUGUUAUAACUUCUACAUGUACAUGUGCCUUUUUCUAUAUCUUUUUGUUUUUGUUGUUAUUGCUUGAAACACACACACACACACACACACACACCAAACAUAGUUUUU